GUAGCACUCGCAUACAGUUAGUUAGCAUAUAUUAUACCCCGGAUACCUUCUCGGACGUAAAUCUCAUGAUUUUGAAUUCCCAGAAACUUGACGAGAAACAUCCACCUCUAGGAUUUGUGCCAUCUUAGUGACACCUAACAGCCAUGGCUCCUAGGGCGUCGUUGUCUACAUUUCUCACAAACGCGAAGUCAACACUGGCAGCAACUGCGUCCAAGAAACAACCGCUAACCUUUGUGGUGGGCAAUGAGUCUGCUGAUCUUGAUUCGCUGUGCUCCGCAUUGCUCUUGGCAUAUUUGCGCACUUACACCCCGCCUCACACCCUGCACAUUCCUCUGUGUCAUCUUCACAGAGAUGACCUGACACUUCGGCCGGAGUUCACCGAGGUCCUCAAAAGGGCUUCUGUGUCGCCUGAUGAUGUGCUCACGCUGGACGAAUUAUCCAAAGCCGCUGGUGCCGCGGGCUUCAAGGAAAACACUCACUGGCUCCUGGUGGACCACAAUUCGCUGACCGGCAAGUUGGAACCAUACAAGGACCGCGUUGUCGGGUGCAUCGACCACCACGAUGACGAGGGUCUUGUACCACAGGACAGUUCGCCUCGGGUGAUCGAGAAGAGCGGAAGCUGUGCGAGUCUCGUGGUCAACCACUGCAAGGAGGCGUGGGAUGAGUUGAAAUCCCUUGAGAACGCGGACGAGGUCGACUCGCAAGUCGCUCAGCUGGCGCUCGGUCCCAUCCUGAUAGACACCAACAACUUAGAGAACAAGGACAAAACGACUCCAUUCGACGAGGACGCCGUACAGUUUCUAGAGACCAAGAUCAGCGGCUCUGCCAACUACGACAGAGCCAGCAUCUUUACCACCGUCUCGGGCCUCAAGGAGGAUAUUUCGCCGUUGUCGGUUCGAGAUGUCCUGCGCAAGGACUACAAGGAGUGGGAGGACGGCGGGCUGAAGUUGGGGAUGUCGUCGGUACCCGCCGACCUCUCGGCGCUGCAGGACAAGGCCGGCGGCGCACAGAAUCUGAUCCGGGAUAUUGCCGAUUGGGGAAAGGAGAAGGAUAUCGACCUCGUUUGCGUCAUGACCGCCUUCAAGAAGGAGGGAAAGUUCAGCCGCGAGUUGCUGCUGCUGGCACGAUCAGAGCAGGGCGUCAAUGCUGCCAAACGCUUCGAGGCGGGUAACAAAGACAAACUAGAGCUAAGCACAUAUCGUGCUGGGGAACUCGAUGCCAUUGAAGAUGGGAAAUGGCGGAAAUGUUGGUCUCAGGCCAGGGUUGAGAACAGUCGCAAGCAGGUUGCCCCCAUCUUGAGAGAGGCGAUGGGAGCCUAGGGAAAGGACUAUAGGAUGUACCCAGACUACUAUAAAGCCGAAACAAUCAGACAAAUAAUAAUUCUAUCUUCACUAUAUCAU